CAGGGUCGCGGCGGUGGGCUGUGGUUGUGAAUGGGAGUGAGCCUGGCGGGGACACGGCAGGCACGGAGCGGGAGAGAACGGACAACCAAAACAGCCCUUCUGCUGACACCGGGGGGGGCGUGAGGGCCGAGCUCUGCCGGGGCGGCGCGGCUCGGCUCGGCUCAACGCUGCUUCCCGGCGCGCUGGGCGAGUUACGGUGCCGCUGCCCCUGGCCGCGCCCGGGUGAGGCAGUUUUGGCCGCCUGGUUUUGCUGUUCCGUGGGACCCGCGGGUGCGCUGGAGCACGGAGCAGCAGGCGCAGGAGGAGGCGGCACAGGCGGGGCCGGGCAAGGGGGGAAGAGAAAUGGGUCCCUCUCUGGGGUUAUGCAGAAGUGGAAGGAGUAUCAGCUUCAAUGCCUGGAAUACUUGUAUGAGGCACCCCCCAUUGUGGCAGAAGGCAAGUUUUGCAACAGAACAUUUGACAACUAUGCCUGCUGGCCAGACGGCCUGCCUGGCACCUAUGUGAAUGUCAGCUGCCCCUGGUAUCUCCCCUGGGCUAAUGCAGUGCUGCAUGGGCAGGUGUACCGGUUUUGCACCCUGGAGGGGACGUGGCUGCUGAAGGAGAAUUCAACCCUGCCCUGGAGGAACCUGUCUGAGUGUGAAGCCUCUGACCAGGAUGCACCAGAAGAACAGCUCCUGAAUUUGUCCAUCAUAUACACCAUUGGAUAUGCUCUUUCCUUCUCUGCCCUUGUAAUAGCAACUGCCAUUCUUCUUGGAUUCAGACAUCUGCAUUGCACAAGGAAUUAUAUUCACCUAAACCUCUUCAUCUCGUUUAUCCUCCGGGCUGUAUCAGUCUUCAUUAAAGACUCAGUGGUGAAGUGGAUGUACAGCACAGCUACACAAGAGCACCAAUGGGAAGGACUUGUUGCCUACCAGGAAUCACUUAGCUGUCGAUUGGUCUUUGUGAUGAUGCAGUAUUGUGUGGCUGCAAACUACUACUGGUUGCUGGUGGAAGGCAUGUACCUGUACACUCUACUGGUUCUUUCAGUCUUUUCAGAGCAAAGGAUUUUUCGGCUUUAUCUCUGCGUUGGCUGGGGUGUGCCAAUGCUGUUUGUUAUCCUCUGGGGAACUGUCAAGUACCUUUAUGAAGAUGAGGGGUGCUGGACCAGAAAUUAUAACAUGAAUUACUGGUUGAUCAUCAGGCUGCCCAUUCUCAUCGCCAUUGGGGUAAAUUUCCUGAUUUUUAUCAGAGUGAUAUGCAUCAUCAUCUCCAAACUACAAGCUAAUUUGAUGUGCAAAACUGACAUAAAAUGCAGGCUGGCCAAGUCUACAUUGACUCUGAUCCCGCUGCUGGGGACCCAUGAAGUCAUCUUUGCUUUUAUUACUGAUGAGCAUGCCAGAGGGAUGCUGCGCUUUGUGAAGCUUUUCACUGAACUCUCCUUUGCUUCUUUCCAGGGGCUGAUGGUUGCAAUUCUCUACUGUUUCAUCAAUAAUGAGGUUCAGAUGGAGUUUCGGAAAAGCUGGGAGCGCUGGAGAUUGGAACAUCUGUAUGUCCAGAGAGACAGCAGUAUGAAACCUCUUAAGUGUCCAGCCAACAGCAUCAGUAGUGGAGGCACGGUAGGCAGUACUGUCUACGCUGCCACAUGUCAUGCCACGUUCAGCUAAGAUUUCUGCAGGUGAAUGAGACUGAGAACAAUGGACUGUGUAAUAUAACUGAAAACCAUUAUCCAAGCAAGUGGCUUACGUAUGCCAUCUCCAGCAAGAAACUUAAGUAUAUGCUGCUUAUUGCCUGCAGGCUGUUGGACAAAGGUUUUUAGGGAAAGCAAUCUGCUAAUGUAAUCAACACAUCAGAGGAAAAAUUGAUCAUGUCUAAAGUAAGUUAAAAGAGAUCUUUCUGUUUGCACAUAAGGCCUCCAGGUGUCCAAAACUCUUAAGCAUAGCAUUGAUCCAGUCUCAAAGCAUGGGGUCAAUGGCUUAUUACUGUUGAGUGGGCAAGCUGAGUGAUUGGUUAAAUUACAAGAAUAGAGUAUGAUUAUUGCCAAAAAGUACAUUUAGACUUUUAUGGGUUAGGAUAAGGUGUAGCACCAUUUUUUGGACAGAAAAACAAACAAACAAACAAACACACACCCCCC